AUGGACACGGCAUCACUUAUCGUGCGCGUACGAGAGGCCCGAGCAUCCUCAAUCCCGACAGAAUGGCGGCUCUCGCCGUCACAAAUCGAUUCCAACGCGCGACCCAUCGACGUGGUUAGGCAAACGGGGCUCCUCACUCAAGCAGAGCUGGACCUGACCGAGCAGAACGCCACCGAGAUUCUGAAGAAGAUUCACUCUGGCGAGUUGACAGCGCAAGUCGUGACAGAGGCCUUCUUGAAGCGAGCCGCGCUCGCCCAUCAGGUUGUGAAUUGCUUGACCGAGUUCUUCCCAGACGAGGCGCGAGAUACGGCGAAGGCGGUCGAUGACAUUUUCCAGAAAACAGGGAAGCCGGUGGGCCCAUUGCAUGGCUUGCCGAUUGCGAUUAAGGGCCAUCUCACUACUGUAGGCUACGUUUCCUGGCAUGAUAAUCGGGCGCAGUCCGAUGCGUCUUUGGUGAAAGUGAUGAAGGAUGCUGGAGCGAUCAUAUUUGCAAAGACGGCGAUGCCCCAGACGGGAAUGGCGCUCGAGACCAACAGCAAUCUGUGGGGAAGGACUUUCAACACAUAUAGCACCAAAUUCGGAUCCGGCGGCUCGUCAGGAGGCGAUGGUGCGCUCGUAGGGUUGAGAGGAGCAGCUGUGGCACCGCUGGCCUCCGAUAUAGGUGGGAGUAUCCGAGCACCAGCGGCAUUCAAUGGUCUCUACGCCCUCCGCCCAACGUCUGAACGUGUCCCUAGGAAAGGCCUGCGUUCCACCGUUUCCGGUCAAAUAUCGAUCAAGACCUCGUGCGGGCCGGUGACGCAUUCCAUGCCGGACCUCAAAUUGUUGGCGAAUCUGAUCUUGACUCACCCGACCCUUCCCUUCGAAGGGAGUUGCCUGCCUGGUUCGUGGAGAGAAGUCGAAACACCGUUGAGAAAGCUCAAGAUCGGGUUCAUGUUGAGUGACGGGGUCGUGCAGCCUCAUCCCCCAAUCACUCGAGCUCUCAAAGAAACAGUGACAAAGCUGAAAGCUGCUGGCCAUACCGCAGUUGUCGAGUUCAAACUCCCCUUCGACGCCUGGGAAGCGUCAUUGACCACCUUCGCAUUAUACUGGCAGACGGGCGCAGCUGAAGCCAAGGCGAGCAUCGCGGCCACGGGAGAGGUGCCAAUAAGCCCCUAUGCGAGAAAUCUUGAGAUAUAUGACACAAGGGCCUUGUCGACGCAGAAACUAUAUGCUCUCAAUACCAAGCAAAUGAACUAUAAAUGGGCCUUUGCCAACGCAUGGCAAGAUGCUGCCGCUGAAGGUGGUUCGGAAAGCCCAUUUGAUGCAAUUUUGUGCCCUGUGUCUCCCAUGGCAUCGAUCCCCCACGAUUUUCCGGUGUACUGGGGCUACACCUCCUUGUGGAACCUGCUCGACUACCCUUCGGUGAUCAUGCCGGUGGAAGACUUAAAAAUUGACCCAAUCAAGGAUAAGAAAGAUCCUGGCUAUCAAGCUCGAGACAAUCCAUUCGAUAAAGACAACUGGGAGAUCUAUGAUCCGAACAUGUGGAAAGGUCAGCCAGUGGCAUUGCAAGUCGUCGGGCGACCUUACAAAGAUGAGGAGUUGAUUGCCGUUUGUGAAGCGCUUGACCAGAUCGUAAAUAAAUAG